AUGGGUAGCUUCACUUUCUCUCUUCUUCGCUUUCUUUUUUUGCUUUUUCUUCUCAAUUCUCUACACAAAAGUUCUGCCUUUCAGAGACCAAAACAAAGCAACCAUUUCCACAUAGUUGAACUCAAUUCUUUGCUCGCAGCCUCCACUUGCAACCGAAAUACCACAGACUCAACCCCAGAGGAGUAUCUGGAAUUGGUUCACAAAUACGGACCCUGCUCUAAAAGCAAGCAUGGCAAAGCAAAAGCUCCAAAUGUACGUAAGAUCCUUGAAGGGGACCAAACAAGACCGAACUUGAAGCAACAUAGGAAGAACCAAAUUGGAGUGAAGUGGGAUGGUGGCAUAAAUCAAGAAUACGUUGUAAAUGUUGGUUUGGGAACCCCUAAAAGGGUGUUCACACUAAUGAUGGAUACCGGUAGCAGUCUCCUAUGGACUCAAUGUCAACCGUGUAAGCUGGGAAGACAAGGUUGUGACAAGCAAAUUCAUCCAUACUUUGAUCCAUCAAAAUCUUCCACUUAUGCCAACAUUACAUGUCCCACUCACACCUGUAGUCAGGCCAAUACUACGUUAGGGUUUACAACUUGCAUUUCCUCAACGUGCUUGUACGAGGCAGCUUACGUAGACGGAUCAGGAGUGGCUGGAUUUCUAGCCAAAGAAAGGCUUAGUGUAGGUUACGACACCUUCAACGACAUCAUCUUUGGGUGUAUAGAGGCCAACAUUAAUAACACCCUCGUCGACGUUGAUGGCAUAAUUGGGCUUGGCCAAGAUUAUGUAUCAUUUCUGGAACAAACGACCCAAACAUAUCACCGAGUUUUUUCAUACUGUCUCCCAACAAAAACAAGUGACAUCGGUUUUCUCAAAUUUGGUAAGUCUAAGACAGUUUCGAACUCUUUAAUGUACACACAACUGGGAUCAGGUUAUGCCAUUCCCCUUGUUGGAAUAAUUCUUGGUGGCACCAAACUUCCCAUUGCUUUUAAGAAGGGUGCUGCAAGCAUUGAUUCUGGUUCCUCCAUUUCCGCGUUACCUUCCAAGGAUUAUAUUACUUUGCGAGAUGCAUACCGAAAAGCGAUGCCCCAUUAUCGAUUGGUUAAACCUCCUAAGGAUUAUGAAAUUUUGGACACGUGUUAUUUUGUUGAUGAUCAUCGUAAACUUAAAUUUCCCAAAAUGAGUUUUUUGUUUAAAGAUGGUCUUGUUUUAGAUAUACCACACGUUGGUAUUGCUUUCCCAGUCAACUCCACCGUCGUUUGUUUGCCGUUUACAGUGAUUCCUGGAGGUGGAGACGAUGUGCUUUUUGGAAACGCGCAGCAGAAAACGUUGGAGAUAGUGUAUGAUGUAGCUGGAGGAAAAAUUGGUUUUGGUUACGAUGGUUGCAAAUAG